AUGUUAGACCCUACUUCGUUGGAGAUCAUCUCGCGGUUCAAGCAGGCGGUGUUGACACGGGACAGCAGUUCCCAGAGUCCGAACUUGGCCACUCUGAACCGAGGAAGCAAACUCAUGAUGCCCACGGCUACAAUGGAUACCCUACACAGCAAGGUAGUUGAGUACGAUGGUGUCAACCAUUUGGUUCUCACCAAUGACAGCAUAGAGAAGAGCAAUUUCCGAAACAAGCGCAAGUGGAAUGAUUUCUACGGAAACGCACGAGAUGAGUUAGAUGAAGUAGAAGACGAAGAAGACGACGAAGAUGAAGACGAUGAAAGUAAUAAUGAUGAAAAUGAAGACGAUCAUCCUCUCAAACGGUUGAAAAUCGCGGAGAUACUUGCACCACUCAACCAUCCGCUGGAAAUCGUAUCACAUCCAGCGAUUCUGAAGACAUACAAGUCGCAAGUGUUGAACAAGUUGGCUACAGAGUUGAUAGAGUUGAUUGAAGUAGAACAAGAAAACCUAAAUUGCUUAAACAAAUUGCUUCAGGUUCUUAAUGGAGAGGACUGGUUCUACCUCCUUGAAGAGAAUCUCGGUUUACAGGAGUAUGACCAUGGCUUGGAUGAGGAUAGAAGCAAAAAUUCGGAGGGCAGUAGUAAGACAAACGGCUCUAAAGCUGUGGAAAACGAUCUUCAGGCAGAACAGGAUGAAGAGGUGGUGGAUCCAUUCUUUGCACUUCCUGAAGCUUUGAAGAGAUAUGAGUCACACCAGGUGCAGUUUGAAACCGACGACGAGUUGACCGUGCUCAAGGACGAGUUGAUCAACUACUUACAAGUUAGUAUCCAGAGACAACACGAGUAUAUCAAGAACUUGUCAGUAUUGAGAAACGGGAUAGUGAGAGCUGACCGGUUGAAGAAGGAUUUACACAAGUGGGGCAAGGAGAUGCAUGAUAAGAAGAGCAGUUAG